AUUUUUUUUUUUUGGAUAGAAGAUAACAUUUACAUAACCCUGUAAUUCCAAACCAGUAGGCUAAAGAACAUAGGGAGGAAGAAGAAAAGAGAGAUAAAGGUGUGUUUGUUUGCCAAAAAUGGCUACUUCUUCAAUUUCUGCUGCAUUAUUAUCUCCACUAACUCUUCGUAAUACUUCUUCUACAUCAACCAAACAUGACUUUUCCACACUCUCUCUUCCUUCAUCUCUUAUAAACCUUAGAAGAACCCUAAGUCCUUUUCAACUCUCACCCACCACAAAGUUCACUACUUUUGCUGCUCCUGAAGCUUUGGAGUCUCAGGAAACUGUCCCAGAAUCGCUUGAGGAGGAUGCUUCUGAGACUUCCAAACUAAGCAUUGCUGCUGACUCCGAUCAGAUGGCUCCAAAGCAGAAGAUAAGAAUUAAGUUGAGGUCGUAUUGGGUCCCCUUGAUAGAGGACUCCUGCAAACAGAUAAUGGAUGCUGCAAGGACGACAAAUGCGAAAACUAUGGGGCCUGUACCAUUGCCGACAAAGAAGAGGAUUUACUGUGUGCUCAAAUCUCCCCAUGUGCACAAGGAUGCCCGAUUCCACUUCGAGAUCCGAACUCACCAGCGCCUCAUUGACAUAUUGCACCCAACUGCCCAGACAAUUGACUCAUUGAUGCAGCUUGAUCUCCCUGCAGGUGUCGAUGUGGAAGUUAAGCUCUGAAGAUCUUGGGUAAGAAUUUCUCGAGGCAUCAGUGUACUUAGGUUGAGGGACCUGUAAAAUUCGUCUCAUGUCAAUGGUUACAGAUGUAGAUCCAGAAGCCAGUCUUGAUGGAUUUUUUGCUUGUUAAAAUUGCAUGAUUUAAGCUAGGUUUGGUUAAUUUUCUAGUUUUUCACCCAAAAAAAAGUUCUGCAAGCUGUAUAAUUGCAUAUAUUUUUUUUCUGUAAAAACAUCUUGUGCAAUGAAAAGUAGGGGAAAGGAUGCAAUUAAAGUCUGA